GCUUGGGUGUUUUUGCCCCUCUCUUGGCGUUGAACGCGGUAGUGGCUGUCCGGAGUGCCAGGCCUGGGGUUCUCGGUGUCCUUCCCCCGGUCACGGGCGAGGAGGCGACUUGACUUCUGGGCGCCGAGCCCGGGCGCGCGCGCAAGCGGCUGCCGUCCCCGCUGCAGGUUCGCGUCCCGCUUUGCUCCUCGCGCAUCUCGGCUCGGCGGCAGCCCGGACGGCCCGGGACUGACGGCCCCAGGACAGGGGUGACCGUCGCGGCUGCGGGAGCAGAGGCGAAGCUGAGGCCCGGGGAGAGGCGACAGCGGCGAGAGCACCCGGGGAGAGGAGGAGGAGAGAAGAUGGCGUCGGAGAUGGAGCCCGAGGUGCAGGCCAUCGACCGCAGUUUGCUGGAAUGUUCUGCCGAAGAGAUCGCAGGGAGAUGGCUGCAAGCAACCGACCUCAACAGAGAAGUGUACCAGCAUUUAGCCCACUGUGUGCCCAAAAUCUACUGCCGGGGCCCUAACCCCUUCCCUCAGAAGGAAGACACGCUGGCACAGCACAUCCUGCUGGGACCGAUGGAGUGGUACAUCUGCGCUGAAGACCCUGCGCUGGGAUUUCCAAAGCUCGAGCAGGCAAACAAGCCUUCUCACCUCUGUGGCCGAGUGUUUAAAGUGGGGGAACCUACAUACUCCUGCAGAGACUGUGCAGUUGACCCCACCUGUGUUUUAUGCAUGGAGUGCUUCCUGGGAAGUAUCCAUAGAGACCAUCGAUAUAGGAUGACCACAUCGGGAGGAGGGGGCUUCUGUGACUGUGGUGACACUGAGGCGUGGAAAGAGGGACCUUACUGCCAGAAGCACAAGCUCAGCAGCUCUGAAGUUGUGGAGGAGGAGGAUCCUCUUGUGCAUCUAUCAGAAGAUGUGAUCGCCAGAACUUACAACAUUUUUGCUAUUAUGUUUCGAUAUGCAGUAGAUAUACUGACCUGGGAAAAAGAAAGUGAAUUGCCUGAAGACUUAGAAGUGGCAGAGAAGAGUGACACCUACUACUGCAUGCUGUUUAAUGAUGAGGUUCACACCUAUGAGCAAGUCAUUUAUACCCUUCAGAAAGCUGUGAACUGUACACAGAAGGAAGCCAUUGGCUUUGCAACUACAGUUGAUCGAGAUGGCCGUAGGUCUGUCCGAUAUGGAGAUUUCCAGUACUGUGAUCAAGCAAAGACAGUCAUUGUGAGGAACACCAGCAGACAGACCAAGCCGCUCAAAGUUCAAGUUAUGCACUCCUCCGUGGCUGCUCAUCAGAAUUUUGGUUUGAAAGCUCUGUCGUGGCUGGGAAGUGUUAUUGGAUACUCAGAUGGCCUUCGCAGGAUUUUGUGUCAAGUUGGAUUACAAGAAGGUCCAGAUGGCGAAAACUCUUCUCUGGUCGACAGACUGAUGCUUAAUGAUUCCAAAUUAUGGAAAGGGGCUAGGAGUGUGUAUCACCAGUUGUUCAUGAGCAGCCUGCUCAUGGACCUCAAGUAUAAGAAGCUGUUCGCGCUUCGAUUUGCUAAAAAUUACCGGCAGUUGCAGAGGGAUUUUAUGGAGGAUGAUCACGAGCGGGCAGUGUCGGUGACUGCUCUGUCUGUCCAGUUCUUCACCGCACCGACGCUGGUGAGUAGUGCCCGCCUCUCCUCCGUGACUCAUAGCCGCCACUCCUUGCCUCUUUUUGCCUUCUUACUAGAACUAUGAGCGUUUGCAGAGAGAUUAUGUGACAGAUGACCACGACAGAGAGUUUUCAGUCGCAGACCUCUCGGUUCAGAUAUUCACAGUUCCUUCACUUGCGCGAAUGCUCCUCACAGAAGAGAACCUGAUGACCGUUAUCAUUAAGGCUUUCAUGGACCAUUUGAAACACAGAGAUGCCCAGGGCAGAUUCCAGUUUGAACGCUACACUGCCCUCCAAGCCUUCAAGUUCAGGAGAGUCCAGAGCCUCAUCUUAGAUCUCAAGUAUGUAUUGAUUAGCAAACCAACGGAGUGGUCAGAUGAGCUGAGGCAGAAGUUCUUACAAGGGUUCGAUGCCUUCUUGGAAUUACUGAAGUGCAUGCAGGGAAUGGACCCGAUCACGCGUCAGGUGGGACAGCACAUUGAGAUGGAGCCAGAGUGGGAAGCAGCCUUCACACUGCAGAUGAAGCUGACACACGUCAUCUCAAUGGUGCAGGACUGGUGUGCUCUGGACGAAAAAGUGUUAAUUGAAGCUUACAAGAAAUGCCUGGCUGUGCUGACACAGUGUCAUGGCGGAUUUACUGAUGGUGAACAGCCAAUCACACUCAGUAUUUGUGGACACUCGGUGGAAACCAUCAGAUACUGUGUUUCCCAAGAAAAAGUUAGCAUUCACCUCCCAAUUUCUCGCUUGCUUGCAGGUUUGCAUGUAUUGUUAAGCAAAAGUGAAGUGGCAUAUAAAUUUCCAGAGCUCCUACCUCUAAGUGAACUGAGCCCACCCAUGUUGAUAGAACAUCCUCUUAGAUGUCUUGUCUUAUGUGCUCAAGUGCAUGCUGGGAUGUGGAGAAGAAAUGGCUUCUCUCUAGUAAAUCAGAUCUAUUACUACCAUAAUGUGAAAUGCAGGCGAGAGAUGUUCGACAAGGACAUAGUGAUGCUUCAGACAGGUGUCUCCAUGAUGGACCCAAACCACUUCCUGAUGAUCAUGCUCAGCCGCUUUGAACUCUAUCAGCUCUUCAGCACGCCUGACUAUGGGAAGAGAUUCAGUUCUGAGGUUACCCAUAAGGACGUCGUUCAGCAGAACAACACUCUGAUCGAAGAGAUGCUCUACCUCAUCAUCAUGCUUGUGGGAGAAAGAUUCAACCCUGGGGUUGGACAGGUGGCUGCCACAGAUGAAAUCAAGAGGGAGAUUAUCCAUCAGUUGAGCAUCAAGCCUAUGGCUCACAGUGAGCUGGUGAAGUCUCUGCCUGAAGAUGAGAACAAGGAGACCGGCAUGGAGAGCGUCAUCGAGUCCGUUGCACAUUUCAAGAAACCUGGGCUCACAGGGCGAGGCAUGUAUGAGCUGAAGCCAGAGUGUGCCAAAGAGUUCAACCUGUAUUUUUAUCAUUUCUCCAGGGCAGAGCAGUCCAAGGCAGAGGAAGCUCAGCGGAAAUUGAAAAGAGAAAAUAAAGAAGAUACAGCACUCCCUCCUCCGGCUUUGCCACCGUUCUGCCCUUUGUUCGCGAGUCUGGUUAACAUCUUGCAGUGUGACGUCAUGCUGUACAUCAUGGGAACGAUCCUGCAGUGGGCUGUAGAGCAUCACGGGUCUGCCUGGUCAGAGUCCAUGCUACAGAGGGUGCUGCAUUUGAUCGGGAUGGCUCUCCAGGAAGAGAAGCACCACUUGGAGAACGCCGUGGAAGGGCACGUGCAGACCUUCACCUUCACACAGAAGAUUUCAAAGCCUGGUGAUGCACCACAUAACUCCCCGAGCAUCCUAGCUAUGCUGGAGACCUUGCAGAACGCCCCCUCCCUGGAAGCCCACAAGGACAUGAUCAGGUGGUUGCUAAAGAUGUUUAAUGCAAUUAAGAAGAUAAGAGAGUGUUCAUCCAGCAGCCCUGUGGCCGAGGCGGAGGGAACCAUAAUGGAGGAGAGCUCAAGAGACAAGGACAAAGCAGAGAGGAAAAGAAAAGCCGAGAUCGCCAGACUGCGCCGGGAGAAGAUCAUGGCCCAGAUGUCUGAGAUGCAGCGGCACUUCAUUGACGAAAACAAAGAGCUCUUCCAGCAGACCCUAGAGCUGGACACCUCUGCCUCUGCCACUCUUGACAGCAGCCCUCCCGUUUCAGACGCAGCUCUUACAGCACUGGGCCCAGCACAGACACAGGUCCCUGAACCGAGACAGUUUGUCACCUGUAUAUUAUGUCAAGAGGAGCAAGAGGUGACUGUGGGAAGCAGGGCGAUGGUCUUGGCAGCGUUUGUUCAGAGGUCAACGGUUCUGUCAAAAGACAGGACGAAAACCAUCGCGGACCCAGAAAAAUAUGAUCCAUUAUUCAUGCACCCCGAUCUGUCUUGUGGGACACACACUGGCAGCUGUGGGCACGUUAUGCAUGCCCAUUGUUGGCAAAGGUAUUUUGAUUCCGUUCAAGCCAAGGAGCAGCGAAGGCAGCAGCGGCUGCGCUUGCACACUAGCUACGAUGUAGAGAAUGGCGAGUUCCUCUGCCCGCUCUGUGAGUGCCUGAGCAACACGGUGAUCCCCCUGCUGCUUCCUCCCAGGAGCAUCCUCAGCAGGAGGUUAAAUUUUUCAGACCAACCAGAUCUGGCACAGUGGACGAGAGCAGUAACACAGCAGAUAAAGGUGGUCCAGAUGCUGAGGAGAAAGCACAAUGCUGCUGACACGUCUUCUUCAGAGGACACAGAAGCCAUGAAUAUAAUACCGAUCCCCGAAGGCUUCAGGCCUGAUUUUUAUCCUAGGAACCCAUAUUCUGAUAGCAUAAAAGAAAUGUUAACGACAUUUGGAACGGCUGCUUACAAGGUGGGACUGAAGGUUCAUCCUAAUGAAGGUGACCCCCGUGUGCCCAUCCUGUGCUGGGGGACCUGUGCAUACACCAUCCAGAGCAUAGAAAGAAUUUUGAGUGAUGAGGAGAAGCCUGUUUUUGGACCUCUGCCUUGUAGACUGGACGACUGUCUCAGGUCGUUAACACGGUUUGCAGCAGCACAUUGGACAGUGGCGUUACUUCCUGUGGUACAAGGACACUUCUGUAAACUCUUUGCAUCCUUGGUGCCUAGUGACAGCUAUGAAGACCUCCCGUGCAUACUAGACAUCGACAUGUUUCACUUGCUGGUGGGCCUGGUGCUCGCUUUCCCAGCUCUGCAGUGUCAGGAUUUUUCAGGAAGCAGCCUGGCCACUGGGGACCUGCACAUCUUCCACUUGGUUACCAUGGCACACAUCGUACAGAUCUUACUUACCUCAUGUACAGAAGAGAAUGGCAUGGAUCAAGAGAAUCCCACUGGGGAAGAAGAACUGGCCAUUCUCUCUUUGCACAAAACACUUCACCAGUAUACUGGAAGUGCCUUGAAAGAAGCCCCCUCCGGCUGGCACCUGUGGAGGAGCGUCCGGGCCGCCAUCAUGCCUUUCCUCAAGUGCUCUGCUUUGUUUUUCCACUAUUUAAAUGGAGUCCCGGCCCCUCCAGACCUUCAAGUUUCUGGAACAAGCCAUUUUGAACACUUAUGUAACUACCUUUCCCUACCAACCAACCUCAUUCACCUUUUUCAAGAAAACAGUGACAUCAUGAACUCCCUGAUUGAAAGUUGGUGCCAGAACAGUGAAGUUAAACGGUAUCUAAAUGGCGAGAGAGGAGCGAUAAGCUACCCCAGAGGAGCUAACAAACUGAUAGACCUUCCAGAGGAUUACAGCAGCCUCAUUAACCAAGCAUCCAAUUUCUCGUGCCCCAAAUCAGGUGGCGACAAGAGCAGAGCUCCUACUCUGUGCCUCGUGUGUGGGAGUCUCCUCUGCUCUCAGAGUUACUGCUGCCAAGCUGAGCUGGAGGGUGAGGACGUCGGAGCCUGCACAGCACACACCUACUCCUGCGGCUCCGGGGCCGGCAUCUUCCUGAGAGUGCGGGAAUGUCAGGUGCUAUUUUUAGCUGGCAAAACCAAAGGAUGUUUUUAUUCUCCUCCUUACCUUGACGACUAUGGAGAGACCGACCAGGGACUCAGACGAGGAAAUCCUUUACAUUUAUGCCAAGAGCGGUUUCGAAAGAUCCAGAAGCUCUGGCAGCAGCAUAGUAUCACAGAGGAGAUCGGACACGCGCAGGAGGCUAACCAGACCCUGGUCGGAAUUGACUGGCAGCAUUUAUAAUCGCUCCUCUACUAAAAACUUGACUUGGAGUUUUGUAACACAGCUGGCUUUUCCAGAAAGACAACAGGAAAUAAGUUCGGCUGAAUCUAUUUUGAAAUAAAUUCUUUAUUUAAGCUUUUCUUCCCAGUUUUAUUUUUCUAGUCUGGCUCCAGGGACUGAUAAAAGUCAUUUCUGCCAGAUUUUAUUGCUGUGUCCCUUAGACGGACGUCCCCUGGGUUGAGAGCCCUUUCUAGACCGGAGUCUAGCUCCUUUGGACGCUGCCUGCUUCAGCUGCAGUAGCCUGAGCCAGUCAACAUUGCUGAUGGUGUCAAGCUUGCUGGCUGUCCACCAGAGGCCAAAAGGAGCCCUGGGGCCUGUCAGGAGGACAUGUCCCACCAUGGUUCCUGAGACUGGGAUGCGGUUCAGCUCUGGGACUAGACCUCACCUCCAGAGCAAAGCAAGUCAAUUUGAAGACAGGACUCGCUUCCCCCUAUGGCCUAGAGAGCUGGGGACUCUAACAGGAGAGCAGCCGGCUUUUCAUGGCUGUAGAUGGUUGGUCAAGACUUUUAGCUUUGAAAGCAUUACUCAAUUAAAGGGCUUUUUGAAAUGUAAAGGACCUCCUAGUUUUUCAGACUAUAGCCUUCUGCUCCAAGGCUAAACAGAGAGCAUGUGCGCACCCUCAAGCAGACCACAGCAGACAAGUAAGAGCUCGGCUGAGUACAGUGCUCCAAGCCUGCAAUCCCAGCUCUCAGGAUGCUUAGGCAGCACUAGGAGUUCAAGGCUAGCUCCAACUGUGUUACAAGCUUGCGGCCAGCGUGGGUAACUUGAGGAGACCCUGUCUCAAACCAAACGAAAUCCAGAAGGCAGUGUUUUGAGCUGCCUGCCCUGCCCUGCCCUGCCCUGCCCUGCCCUGCCCUGCCCCGCCCCGCCCCGCUCCGCCCCGCAUCUGGAUCAGAUGUGUUGCUGCUUGUCUGCUGGUUGAUCUAGGACAUUCCUCAGCCUGUGCACACAAACGCCUGUUCUUUUUAUUCUAAGAGCAGCCUUUCUAGAACUAUAGCUACUUGGUGCCACAGUUACGGCUCUGGCACACCGCACACCUAUUUCCUCGUCUGACGGAUAUCCGUCACAUUCAGAGAAGUCACAUAGACAUGGUGACAGCAGGUUCAGCAGAGGGAUGAACUCCAGUCUCCAGGAACAGAAAGGGGCUUUCAGCUUCUCUAACCAUCAAAGAACCUCUCACUCAGCCUUUCAAAUCACAUCCACUCAGCUCUAUCCAUGCCUCCGUGUCUCAGGAGAGUCAGAAAUCCAGACCAGAGGCUCAAAGAAAUGCAGGUAGCACAGUCUCCAGGAUCAUGUGAGGAGCUGCCUCCCCUUCAAAGGAUGGACUUCAGUUAGCUCUUCAGCGCGGCCCAGGCUCAGGACAGAGAGUUUGUAAUGGAAGCCCAAGCUAGACUCCGUGCUCUCCCUUUGUCUCGCCUUCCCUUGGCAUAGUCAGACUGGGCUGUGGAUGGUGAUGCUUUCGACCUUUGGCACAUGCCGUUUCUUUAGAUUUUAAGUUCAGCUUCUGUUGGCUCUUCACCUUCCGUUCACAAGGCUUAACUGUAAAGUUAUGGGAACGUCUCUAGACUUGAGCCUAGUGCUAGAACACUUGCCUAGUGUGACUGAGGGCCUAGGUUCAGCCCUGGUACCAACCCAAAAGGAAAAAAAAAAAAUCAUGAGCACAGCUUGCUUCUAAACAGGCUGAAAACAUCUGCUUUCUCACCUGACUCCACAGGAGCCUGGGAUUAGCAGAGGUGGCCCUGUGUUUCACUCCUGGGAACAUCAGGGUCUGGGCAGUGACUUCCCAGGGAAUGGCAGUCCUCACACUGUGGCAAUGUCAUGUCCUCCCCCUACCGACACGUCUUACUUCCACUUGUUCCGCAUGUUUUUGUUGUAGAAAUGUUUAUAUACCAUGCUUUCCAUAUCAGGGGAGAUCAUGUGUUUAAUAAAUUGGCUAUAAUUUUAAUAUCUGUGGACAAUUGUAAAAUUUGGGAUGUAUCAUAUGUAAAAAGUAAAGAUAUUCAAAUAAAUGCUUUAGUGUUGA